CCGGACUCCACAUUUGGGCUCCUCUUAACUCCUUGGUCCAGCCUAGCCAGAGAUUCGACCACAUAUACGCACACACAGUUGUUUGCUCCUGUGGCAGGAUGAACUGUUAAAUGCACUGAAAGAGAUCAAAUGGCUCACAAAAAGCCACCUGCACAUCAUGGAAAGAAACAUGGUGGGGAGAAAGCAGAAGGCUCCAAAAAAGAUGAAAAGAAGCACCAUGAACCAGGCGCAAAGAAACAUGCUGAAGCAAAGAAACAUCGACCACCAAUUCCAGUUCCUGAUGAAGAGAAAGUGAAACACAAAGACAAAGACAAAGAAAAACCCCGAAAAGCUCAUGAUGCUUCAGAAACACCAAAAUCAGAAAAACCACCAAAAAGUCACAAAGCAUCAAAACAUGCUCCUCCUCCUCCUCCACCACCACCACCACCACCACCACCCAGUGUCAAAACUGUGAUAAUACAAUUCCUCAUAGGACAUGACUGCGCCACGAUAUGUCUUAUCAUUCUCUUCUUCCUCAUCAUCGCCACUGUGUGGAUGGUCAUUUUGUUGUGGCAAGUGAGGGAAAAAUAUGAGCCUCUUCGAAAGGCAAUAAGGAACAUUAGGAAAUACAUGGUUUCACACAACCCUGACCUUAAGAUACUUACUGAUGCUGAUACAAUCCUGGAAGCUGAAAAGCUUGCAACACAACUGUUGCCAUGGGCUACAAAGCUCAAUGAAAUUGAAGCUGAGAUUACGAAAAUUGAGUAUAAAUUGAAUCAUGGCUGGAUGGCAUAUGAUGGACACAUUUAUUCAUUCACUGACCACACAUUUUCCCAGAAUGAUUUCGUAAAUUAUUGUAAAGAUCAAAAUGCUGAACUUAUUUUAGAAAUAACUGCGGAAGAGGAGACAUUCAUAGAAAAAGCACUUCUAAACAAGGCCGGUUCUUACUACAUUGCAUUGAGUUAUAGUUACUUCGGAGCACAGUGGAAGUGGUUUCCUUCUGGAACUCUACUUACAAACCAAUACUGGAAAUAUGGAGAACCGGUUAAUUAUAAAUGGUGUGCAGGAGCAGAAGGUGGAUGUAACAUUCCACUGAGUUGCUGGGUCACAAUGGACUGUAGCGAACCAUCCAAAGGCAUUUGCAAGCAGGGCCCUAUAAUCAAAUGGAUGUCCUAGCUCUUUGCUGAACGUUGCACAAAAUUGUACUUGAUGAACCCAGUGAGAAAGAAACGCCACUCGGCGAACCUGCCUCUUAAAAACAGUUGCCCCAGUCAGCCAGUGUGGAGACAUGGAAGAACUCAGGGCUUUGACAUCAGCUUCCAAACACCUUUGCCAUCCUGCCUUUUCGGAGAUUAAAGACAUUGUCAUAUUUAGCAAAUUAAAGAGCAAGUAAAGAAGAA